GUUUCGUUUCACUCGUAGAGUUUUCAUGAAUCAUGACAAAUCGUUUUUUAUUUACAUUUUCUGAGAAAGUUUGUUAGAAUCCUAGUAGACAACUGUUUAAUUCAAACUCCUAAGCAUGGCAUCAGAUCCAUUAUUUGGGUGGGACCUUACCUUCAGGACUGUUGAAAGAGAUAUCAAGAGGAAAUCUGAUGUUAUUGUUGCUUUCAUCCACUGGAAUCUUACAAAAAGAGGUUUUAGAAGCAUUGGAAUUGGUGAUGAGCGAACUUUAUCUGGAGAUGAAGAAAAAUCAGAAUUGCUGCCAACCGGCUGGAAUGAUAAAGAAAAUUAUACUUUAAGAUAUGUGCUUGAAGAAAAACUUUACAUUCUACAUGGACUAAACACUGAUGGAAAUCUUAUUGUGAACUUAAUGAGGUCAGAAGACUUGGCGGUAUCUAAUAUUGCUGUUAAAUUGGAAGAUUCUGUAAAGGAGACUAGUGGAACUAUAGACAAGAUGAUGCCAAACCACAAGGAACUCAUGUUUAACAUCAAAAGAGACCUUAUUGAUACCAUAACAGAACGAUCAACAACAACAGCUGAAACUCAAACUGCGCGUAGUAACUCAAGCAACAGGAGACCUUCAGAUGAUCCGCUAAGAAUCCCCCCAAGGCCUUUACCUGGAUUACACCCAGACACACCAGAUUUAUGGGAUCUACCGCCGGCAGGUAUGCCAAACAUAGGACGUUCAGAUUUGGACCCCUUUGCCCCUAGUGGAGGGGGCAUGCUGUUUAAUCCGUUCAAUCCAAGAGGAAACCCAGAAAAUCCAGGUCUUGGAAUACCUGGAGGUCUACCUAGAGGAGCAGUACCGCCCGGAGCAAGAUUUGACCCGUUCGGCCCACCCGGGGGCCCGAUGCCCGGCAGAAGACCGCCACCGCCCGACGCAGACCAUUUACCCCCACCCGGUUUCAACGACAACAUGUUUAUGUAGUCCUCAAAUAAACAAACAAAAUAACAUAUAUUAAAGAUUUUCCUGUUUAUU